GAAGGAAGUGUAGCGUCGCCGAUUUUGCUCCACCAGCUGUAAUACGAACCGCCUCCGCUUCUAACUCCCACUCCCAAACCCUAACCACUGAUAUAGAGAGAGAGAGAGAUAGAGAGAGAGGAUAGAGGGAGAACAAAGCCGCGGAAAAUCGCGAGAGAAAUUGCAGCAAAAUUAGCGGAUAGAAUUGAGAAGAAGACAGCGCAGCAAGGGGAAGACGUUUGUGUGAAGAGGAAGAGAGAGAGAGAGAGGGGAAGGAAGGGGUAGGGUUUCCAAUUAUACCAUUCGUGACCGCGGCUACAAUUCUUCUUGUCCGAUACGAGCGUUACUUUUCAAGCAACGUGAAACAUCCGGAGGGCAUCAAGAAAAGGGUUUGGUUUUCAGGCUUUGGUUUGAGGUCUCCGUGUCGUACAAAGGGGAGGCUGAUCGCAUCUCUGGUCCAUUUUCGGUUCUCUUCCUUGUGUCGGCUCUGCCGACGGGUCUGCUAUCUAGGGUUUUCACGGAAACUGCAGUUUUUUAUAUUUUCGUUCAUUCCUUGGUCUGGGAUAUUCUCAUGGGUCAGAUGUGGAAGGAGAUCAUUGGUUCUUAGGGUUGGUUGUUUCUUCAGCGUUGUUUUGGAUUCACUCUGGGUUUGCAGAUGGGGUUCUAAUUAGGGCAGCCCAUGGUUUGUUAGAUAUGGAUUGCCUGUGAUGAAGGGGUAGAGAUUGAGGCCUUAUCUGAUUAAGACUGGAAUUUGGGAAAAUUACUUUAUUUUUGUAGCAUCCUUGGAGGCAUCAAAGCCAUUUGGGCUGUCAGGCUUGAAUUUCUGGAUUUAAGUGGUUUAAUUUCUUGUCAUUAGUUAUAUUGAUUGGAAACACAAGUAUUCCCUAACCCCUCUGUUUACAACCUGCUCCUUCUUUGAAAUAUUUGUGUUUAGAGGUGGUUGUGGACCUCUGUACAGAAUAAUGUGGAGAAGAAGAGAUAUUAAAUUGAGUUUUUGUUUGUAUGAUGACACAAACGCAUAGACACCAGCUCCAUUUUUCUGGGCUUUUAUGAUGAGCUUUCACUGCAAUGGAACGCACUGAGCCGACUUUUGUUCCAGAGUGGUAUAAAGUUUCACACAGCAGUGCACAAGGCAGUGGCAAUUCAAACCACCAAAGUGGUUUAUCAUUGCACACAGAUGAACACAACAUUGGCUUUUCUUCAAGAAACAGAUUGACAGUGAGUGUUUGUGAUAAUGAUGCUCCUCGCUCCUUGUCUUUCUCAGAGAGAAGCUCAUCUUCUUUCCGAAGAAGUACCAGCAGCAAUGGUUACAUUGUGCGUGAGAAAGAUUUUUCUUCGCGUGCUUACAAUAGCUUUAGUAGAAACCAUCGAGAUAGGGAUAGGGAUCGAGAGAAGGAUUUUGAAAUCCAUGACCGAGAUAGGCCUUUUGAUGAUGGAUUUGGUGACUAUCCUGACGUUUUAGUCACUGGUAAAUCUGAAAAGGACUCUUUAAAGCGUUCUCAAUCAAUGCUCUCAAGAAGGAGGGCUGAUCCUUGGCAGAGGAGAGCUAGUCAUGAUUCAAGCAAUGGUUUUCAGUCAAUGGGGGGCAGUGGCAGAGUCAAUGGAACUUCUAAAUCAUCAUUUGAGAGAGAGUUUCCUUCUCUCGGAGCUGAAGAAAAGCACGCGGGCUCAGAUGUAAUCAGAGCUUCUUCUCCUGGCCUUAACACUGCCUUUCAUAAUCUUUCUGUCAGUGCUUCAUCUAUCAUCGGAGCUGAUGGCUGGACAUCUGUGUUGGCAGAGGUUCCUAUUGUAGGAAGUAAUGGGUUGAUUGUUUCAUCUUCUUUCCAAACAAGUUCUGCAAUGGCACCUGCUGCUUCAAGUGUUUCCACUGGUUUAAAUAUGGCUGAAACAGUGGCUCAGGCUCCUGCACGAGCUCGCACAGCGCCUCAAUUACCCAGUGACUCACAAAAAAUGGAGGAAUUACAUCGCCAACAAAUUUUGAAGCUUAGACCCGUGACACCUUCCAUGCCUAAAAACUUGUUUCAAUGGUCCUUAUUGCUUAUUUUACUCAAGAGUGUCAACCUAUCUGAAAAAUCAAAGACAAAAGGAUCAAAGAUGGCUGAAUACAACACUGUUAAGGUUGGUCAGCACCUUUCGUCCCAGCUCUUUAAUCAUGCUGUCCGCUCUAAUAUUAAAUCCGAUGCUCCAAAGACAUCCCAACCCGGGAAUUUUCACGUCCUAAAUCGGGAAAAGAAUGGACUUUCUCUUACUGACAAGGAUAACUUACAUCCAAGAAAUGGCAGCAGAGUUGUUGCCUCACCCGGUGGUGGUAUUCCUCCUGCUGCCAUUUUAGAUCUUUCAGGUCAACCCUACUCAAAGCUUAAUGUUAACGGGAAAACUGGCGCCCCAAGUUCAAGCUCCUUUGGCGAAAAGAAGCUGCCUUAUCAGGCUCAGAAUCGUAACGACUUCUUCAAUUCGCUCCGGAAGAAAUCGUCUUCUAGCCAAGAAAAUACAAAGCAGGAUCCAGGGUGUAAAGUAUUUGCAUCCCCCAGCUUGGAAAAGUUGAAUGAGGUGGUUGCGGUAGGUGCUAUCUCUGAUAAGGAGAAGGAUCUUUCCACUUUACAGCAUUCUGUGGAUAAUGGAAGUUUUAAAGCUGUUGAAGAGCCUGAGAGGUUAGCUCCGGACGAGGAGGAAGCCGCCUUUCUUCGUUCCCUUGGAUGGGAGGAGAAUGCCGGGGAAGAAGCUCUGACGCCGGAAGAGAUCGAAUCUUUUCUUUCUGAGUAUGAAAAGAAGAUUCCAGUUUCAAAGCUGAAGAUAGCUGGCUGUUCAUCCAAGCUGAGUUCAUCAUCUGAUACACAAGUGGAAACUUCAUUUUGCUGAAAGGUUAUAAGAGUUCCGUAGUUUUGGUGGAUUGGGAAAGGUUAUUUUUUUGCUGGUUAAGAUAGAGGGGAGGGGGGAAUGUUGGAAGGAAGAGUUUUUGAGAGGAGUGGUGGCGAGCUUACUUGUUCUAAACAGUGAGGGAGUUGGUUUUAUUUUUCCCCUCUUGCUUCAGAAUCCAAUGUGAAAAAUGCAGAAUAAGAUGCAGUGCUUUCUGUCCU